CUCACCUCCCCAGCCAACUAACCGGAUCAAUUGUUUUUCUUCUCGGGAAGCACCAACCCCAGAUCUGAGUCUGUGUUAGCCAGCUCGCACUCACCAGCUCCACGCCGACGCCGGCGUCACCGACACGAAGCCGCGACCUUUUAACUUGACACGGAACCCGCUCCACACCUCACUUUCCCCAGCAGAGCAAGCAACCACCUCGGAGAGGCAGAGCGCAAUGGCAAUGGCGUCCAUCCUCGUGCAGGUGUCCGCCCUGCUCCUCAACCUCAUCGCCUUCGGCCUCGCCGUCGCCGCCGAGCAGCGCCGCAGCAAGGCCACGGUGACGCCGGAUCUGGCCAAGGAGUACGACUACUGCGUCUACGACUCGGACGUCGCCACCGGCUACGGCGUCGGCGCGCUGCUCCUCCUCGUCGCCGCGCAGGCCGUCGUCAUGCUCGCCAGCCGCUGCUUCUGCUGCGGCCGCGGGCUCAAGCCGGGGGGCUCGCGCGCCUGCGCCCUCAUGCUCUUCCUCUUCUCAUGGUUGACCUUCCUCGUCGCAGCGGCGUGUUUGCUGGCAGGAUCAGUCCGUAAUGCAUACCACACCCGGUACAGGGGGAUCUUCAACGGCGACCCGCUCUCUUGCGAGACGCUGCGCAAGGGCGUCUUCGCUGCUGGUGCAGCCUUCACCUUCUUCACCGCCAUCCUCAGCGAGUUCUACUACAUCAGCUACUCCAAAUCCCGGGAUGCCGCCGGCGGCGCUCCAUACGGCGGCUCCAGCAUCGGCAUGGGCCCUUACACUUAAGGAGCUUGUGUGCUGGAGGUUUAUGGAAAGGUUCAGUCCGUUUCACUUUCAGGGCGGAUCAUGCAUAUGUAGUUCGUGGAGUGCGGUGUUCUUGUUUUUUUUAUAAAGGUGUUCUUGUUAACAUUAGAGUGGUAGAUACGGUGGAAAUGAGUUCGCUGUCUUCACUGGUUAUGUAUGAGAUUGCCUGGUGUGCAUCCGGACAUUUCGUUGUUGCAGAUGUUGGGUGUAAUUGGUAUCUCCAAAUGAUAUUAAUAUAUUUCAUUUGUUCAAAAAUGUAA